GUGUGAAAGCUCUAUAAUACGGAGCCCGGGAAUCAGGUGUAUAAAAUUUAAAAAACCCGAGGCCCCUCCGUAUAUUCACCAGGCCCACCUAUUAAUGACGUUCUGUAUCCGCCACUGCUUUAAAUGCUUGUAAAAUUCAUUUAUUCAGGACUUUUAAUUUCAGUACUUUUAGUGGUGUUUGCUGAGCCAAGAAUUUUGACAAAAAUGGGUGAGAAAAAAAACUUCUUGUGGAAGUAUGCAAAUCCAUAUCUGUGGACCAGAAUAUUGUGAGCUUGGGCUAUUUUGACAUGGACCUCCAUAGCAAAGUUUUACACCAGCAAACAUCUGAAAGUUUGGUUUGUGUUUGUGUGUGGUUGUCUGUAUCUCAGAUUUUUCAACGAACUGAGUCAGGUCUCAAGGAGAGGAAAAUAGAGGACUUUGAGGAGAAGGACGUUGCUGAGGACGAUGUUACAGACAGCAGCUCAUAUAAAAGUGCUCCAUCACAUCUCAGCCCAGUGACUCAAGGGAGCGUCACAUGCUGUAAUGACACACAGUGUAACCCUGUGCUUGUUGAUGCUGUGAAAGUGAGUUCAGCUCACAGAGCAAGAUACUUCUGGGGGAACAUACCUGGCAUGAACAGACCAAUGGUAGCAUCUCAGAAAGAUAAACUGAGUCUUCAGGAAUGUCUGGACCCUGGCCGCACUGCAAAGAUACUUUGAUGCCAGAUGCUGGAAAACAACUUGUGACAACAGCAAUGUCCACAGUUAAAUGUGUAGUAGUUGGCGAUGGAGCCGUGGGUAAAACUUGCCUUUUGGAUUCUUUUACAAACAAGUUCCCAUCAGAACCAACAGUGUUUGACACCCAAGCCGUGACUGUAAUGGUUGAUGGCGAACUGUAUACCAUUAGAUUAUUUGAUGCUGCAGGUCAGGAUCAAUUACGACCUCUAAGCUAUCCCCAAACAGAUGUCUUCUUAGUUUGUUUCUCUGUAGUUUCUCUUUCCUCCUUUGAAAAUGUAAAAGAAAAGUGGGUGCCUGAGAUAACCUUUCACUCCCCAAAAACCCCUUUUCUUCUGGUUGGAACUCAGAUCGACCUACGAGAUGAUCCUAUAACUAUUGCAAGGCUUGCAAAAAACAAGCAAAAGCCAAUCAAACAAGACACAGCUGAAAAACUAGCCAGAGACUUAAAGGCAGUGAAAUAUGUUGAAUGCUCUGCUCUAACGCAGAAGGGACUAAAGAAUGUAUUUGAUGAGGCAGUAUUAGCAGCUCUAGAGCCCCCGGGAUCCCAGAGGACAUGCAAAUGCAUGGUUUUAUGAACUGGACACAGCAGCAGCAUCAGCAGCAAGACAAAUCUGGGUGUAAACCAACAGGAUUGUUUUAUUUUUGUACAGGUUUAAUCAGGAAAGUAACUGUUUUAAUCAAAAGUUUUUUCCAUUAUCAUAUAUCUUGGUACUCAUGUCAUAUGAUGGGAUGAUAUUUGUGCAGAUUGUACUCUCUUUAGUCAUUCUGUGUUAGUGCCUUUAGGAUUUAGAUGAUGCUUCACAACAAAGAUGUUUCAAAAUGGUAGGGUAAGUUGUGCCACUUUUUAAGUUGUCCAAUAAGAAAGGAAAAUUUUGAAGUAAUUAGUUUAAUACAUAUGUGGAUGUCUGUUAUCAGCUGAAUUUAGAAGACUUCAAUGAGCCAUAUGAAAAGGACUUGUCCCACAUUAGGAGUAAGUUGUAUGUCAAGUUAAGUCACUGGGGAAUAUCUAAGAAAUUUUAAAUAAAAAUAUAAAAAAAGAAACUAUUCAGAGUCUGAUCUUCUUUUAAAAAUAUCCAUAGUAUUUCAGUGUGGUGACAAAUGUUUACAUAGUUUUAUACACUGCAACUUUACCAAAAAGUAUAUACCAAAUACAUUUUUAGACUAGGAUAAACUUGUCAUGGAGGGGAAAAAUGAUCAAAAUCAGUUUUCUCAUGUUAUUUCUCUGACAUGGACAGCUGUAUAUGAUAAAAUAUUUAGUCGCAUGAUGAAAAAUAUUUAAGCGGGUGGUAUAGCUCACUCCUCCAUUACUUUAGUUAUAAGUAAUCAUUUCAAACAGUAGCAUCAGCAUAUAUGCAAUUACACAUAUUAAAAUAAGU